ACCAAUAUACCAAUCUCUUAUCUUUAAUUAAUUUUCCUGCAUACCAAUCUCUCUUAUCUCUAAUAAAUUUUCCUCUAACACUAUAAAAGAAGAGAGAGAGCAAACCAAAAAGUGAGUUCUGUUACUAGUUAGUUAGAGAGAGUGGAUGGCAAUAGCAGGAGGAGCAGCAACAUCAUCACCAACCAUAACCAUGAGCUUGAGCAACACCAAUAGUCACGAAGAUGGAACUUCUAAUUCCAACGAUAACAAUAUAAUUACUAAACCUACAACAACAACAGCAACAGCUAUAGUUGAUGAUGAUCACGAGCAUGACAUGGUCAUGCCAGGCUUUCGUUUCCAUCCUACCGAAGAAGAACUCGUUGAAUUCUACCUUCGCCGUAAGGUUGAGGGAAAACGUUUCAACGUUGAGCUUAUCACUUUUCUCGAUCUUUAUCGCUAUGACCCUUGGGAACUUCCUGCUUUGGCGGCGAUUGGAGAGAAGGAGUGGUACUUUUAUGUGCCGCGAGAUCGAAAGUAUAGAAACGGUGAUCGGCCUAAUCGUGUAACAACUUCCGGUUAUUGGAAAGCUACCGGAGCUGAUAGGAUGAUUCGAACUGAAAAUUUUCGAUCAAUUGGACUGAAGAAAACCCUAGUUUUCUAUUCUGGUAAAGCUCCUAAAGGUAUAAGAACUAGUUGGAUUAUGAACGAGUAUCGCUUACCACAACACGAAACCGAACGAUAUCAAAAGGGUGAGAUAUCGUUAUGCCGUGUGUACAAGAGAGCUGGAGUUGAAGAUCAUCCUUCUCUUCCUCGAUGUCUUCCGAUCACGAGACCUUCCUCGAUUCCGUCGUCGUCGAGAAACUCCGAGAAGAAUAAACAGAAUGAAACAUUGGGAAUAGGAUUUGUUGUUGGACAAUCAGCAAAGAUAAUUGAUAAUAAUCAUCAAAUAGUUAACAAAAUGGAUGGAAACAACAAUAGCAGUGGUGGUGAUUGUAGUUCAGAUCAAGUCACAACAGCUCUUGGUUUAUCCAAAUACAACAACAAUACUAAUCCAAUUUACAGUCCAGAAGAAGAGGAACAAUUGAUGAUGAUGCAACAACAGCAGCAACAACAACAGCAACAACCUAGGCAAUUAGUACAAUAUGCAGGAGGAAACUCAUUGUUAGUUUCUGCCUGUGGUGGCGGUGGUUCUAUUUUCCCUGUCUCGGCUACAUCGGCGAGCUGUUCUAACAACGGUUCGAGUUCGACAAGUGCUGCAAUGAUGAUGGAUGAUCUUAACAGGCUUGUGAGUUAUCAGCAACAGCAAUACUGUUACAAUGUUCAAAGCCAUUCCAAUCCAAAUCCUAAUCAUUUGUCUAAUUUGCUUAUGCAACCAAUGUCUCUACCAAAUCAACUACCAACGACAUUCCCUGACAGACUGUGGGACUGGAAUCCAAUUCCUGAAGAUCAUAAUCAUAAUCAUCCCAACAGUAACACCAGCAACUUCAAGUUGUUUUUCUAAUUACUCUGAUUAUUCGGCCUGUAUCCUAGAUUGAAGUAACAUAUAUAUAAUUGUAUCAUGACUCAUUUUCAUCACUCAGUUAUAUGGAUGAUAUCUUCCUAUUAUCCUUCCUUUAA